CCACUCUCCACAUUACGCAGCUAACCUUUAAGCAACAAUGAAUAGCAUCAAAUCCGUGAUUGUGUGUUGCCUCCUGGUGACCGUCUCGGCCGGUGUAGACCGAAGGAGAGGUGGACAAGGAUCCAACAGAUUCCUUCCUGGAGGCUUCGCUGGCGCCCACGGAGGUGGUCUCCUUAACGGCGGCUUUAAUGGUGGCGGAAUCCAUGGUGGAAUCCAUGGUGGCGGUAUCCAUGGUGGUGGAAUCCACAGUGGCAGUGCUAUUAUCGGCAGUGGAAUCUCUAAUAGCCCAAGUGAAUGCAGAUAUUGGUGCAAGACUCCGGAAGGUCAAGCCUACUGCUGCGAGACGGUGCAUGAACCAGAGACACCUGUUGGCACCAAGCCACUGGAUUGCCCACAAGUCCGUCCCACAUGCCCACGAUUCCAUGGGCCCCCCAAUACCUGUUCCAACGACUACAAGUGUGCUGGCCUCGAUAAGUGUUGCUUCGACAGGUGUUUGGGAGAACACGUGUGCAAGCCUCCCUCAUUUUUCAAUAAUCAUCUCCCCUUUUAAAGGUGGUUAUUGCUAAUAAAGAGCCAUCGGUUUUCCGAGUGGUAACGGAAUAUAGGAAAUCUGUGAUUUGUAGAUAUUUAUUUUUGAAUAAUAAAUCCUUAUAUAUUUAUAC